GAGUGAAGCAGCAAGUCUCACUGGUGAACAUAUUUGGGAAUACCAUCAACCACCUAGAGGGGAGCUUCACCAUCGUAUGUCACAGAUUUGACUUGAAUCAUCUUGAGAAUUGGUCACCAACACUUGCUCUAGAUUGAGAAACUGAGAAUGAGACUUUGGGUCUUGGUAAUUCUAACAAUUCUCUUACCUUCCACAUCAGCUACAUUUAGCAAAUCGUCUUGGAGCCUGGAAAAUGAGGCUUUAAUUGUGAGAUGUCCCAGACAAGAAAAAUCUCGAUACCCUGUUGUCUGGUAUUACUCAAAAACCAACAAACGUAUUACCACCCAGAGAAGUCGUGUAGUUGCCUCAGGGGAACGUCUUAAGUUUCUCCCAGCCAAAGUCAACAAUUCUGGAUUUUAUACUUGCAUUAUCAGAAGUCCUACCUCCAGUAAGACUGGAUAUGUGAAUGUCACCAUUUAUAAAAAACAACCAGGUUGUGAUAUUCCAGACUUUCUGAUAUAUUCAACAACAUCUGGAUCAGAAAAAAAUUCCAGAAUAUAUUGUCCUACAAUUGACCUCUACAACUGGACAGCACCUGUGGAGUGGUUUAAGAAUUGUGAAGUUCUUCAAGGAUCCAGGUACCGAGCACACAAGUCAUUUUUGCAGAUUGACAAUGCAAACAGCAAGGACGCUGGUGAUUAUACAUGCAAAUUUACGCACAAUGAAAAUGGAGUCAAUUAUACUGUGACUGCAACCAGGUCAUUCACAGUUAUUGAUAAGCGAAGCUUUUCUUUGCUUCCAGUAAUUAUAGCCCCUCCACAGAAUGAAACAAAGGAAGUGGAAAUUGGAAAACCAGCAGACCUAAGGUGCUCUGCUUGCUUUGGGAAAGGCUCUCAGACCAUGGCUGACAUCCUGUGGCAGGUUAACAGAAGCAACGUUGAGAACUUCGGUGAAGCAAGAAUACAAGUGUUGCGAGAGCAAGAUCAAAGUUCUCGCAGUGAGCUGACUUGCCUAAACGCCGUGUUAAGAAUAGCGGAUGUAAAAGAAGAGGAUUUAUCACUGAAGUACGACUGUCUGGCCAUGAAUUUCCGUGGCCUGAUCAUGCACACCGUAAGACUGAGGAGGAAAAAUCCAAGUAAGGCAUGUUUCUGAGACUUUGGUCGCCUGAGUUCGCUGUUCACAACUGUAAGCCGAAUCAUAUUCUUAGAGAACAGUGUAUUGGAGUGUGGCUACAGGGGACUCCAUCAGGACAGAGUGGUCCAUCUCAGAAACUGGAGGCAGGUGGAGAAAAGAUCUGUCUUGGGUGUAGGCAACAGGAGGACACAUUGUGUGUAGAGAAUUCAAGACAAAAACGAAGCCACGCCACAUUCACUGUGCUUGGCAUCGUCAGCACGUCCAGACAGCGUUAAACAAGUCCGUGAGGACGCGACCCCUCCUCUCGGGCGCAAAGGCAUUUUCCUUCCACUCCCUCCCUAUAUCACUGCGCGCACAAUGAUGGCAGAAAAGUAGUUUUACAAACCUUUCCUUCCUGACCACCUGUCAAUUCCCUCACUUGUUUGCAUGUCCAGAUAAAGACACCCCGUUGGUUAGAUGUAGCAUUCAAUC